GUCAAAUCAUCUUGAACGCAAAUAGUGCAAAGUGAAUUGUCUCUUUUGGAACUAUUUCAUCAUCAUGGAUUUAUGCAGAACUUGCCUCGAGACUCCAGCCAAUAAGAACAUUUCGCAGUUGGAAAACGGCAUAAAUGAGGACAACAUAAAUUACUACGACAUCAUGAUGUUUUGUUUAGAUAUCAAGGUGUUUCAAGACUCCAAAAUAACAACAAAUCUUUGUGACAACUGCUUUGGGAAAAUCAUAUCUUUUUACAAAUUUAAGAUGCUGUCUUUGAAAAAUGAUGCAUAUUUGAAAUCUUUGCACCAAACUUCAUCUCUAGAGGACCAAAAACUAUCUAUAAAUUUUGAUGGAGAAACAAAGCAAGAACACAAGAAUAUCUUGGAAAGAGAUGAAUAUAGUCCCAGUUUAGUUGAAAAUUGCAUUAAAAUAGAAAUGCCAAUUGAGGAGGAAAAUAUGUUAGAAAAUGAAGUAAAGGAAAUUGAGGAUGAAGACACAUCAGAUGUUACGGAUGAUAGUGAAGAUGAAACAUCAGAAGAUGAAAAUUCUGACGAAGAACCAAGUGUGGCGGAAAAGGUUAAAUAUAAAACUGUCUGGGAUAGGUUUAAAAAAAAUGCACCAAAACGUAAAAAACGUAAGUGUGGCAAGAAAAAGCCAACCAGUAACAAAAAUGUAAUAAAUGGGCGCCAGAUAUGUGAAGACUGUGGAAUAUCGGUGCUGGACCUGAAGGCACACUUGCUUACCCACCAGCCUAAAGACAAGAGGCAGAUGCUGCAGUGCAGGGCUUGUCCAAAAAUGUUCAUCAGCAGAGGGGGGCGGCGGAGGCAUUACAAGAUCAGGCAUUUGGGUGUGAAGGCCAAGUGUGAUAUUUGCGAUAAAGAGGUAGUCCACCUAUCAGUGCACAAGCUCCAGGUCCACAACCCAUCAGCCCUGCCGUUCGGGUGCGCCACGUGCGAGCGCCGCUUCGUGUGCAAGCCGGCGCUGGAGCAGCACAUGACCAGCCACACGCAGCAAGCCGCGUUCGAAUGCGAGAUCUGCCACAAGAAGUUCCGCGCGAAAGGUCAUCUCUCUAGACACAUCCGGGAAGUCCAUGAAAAAGAAAGGAAUCAUCACUGUGAACUUUGUUCUAAGGCUUUCUUCUGCAAAAGUACACUUCAAGAACAUUUACUGACGCACGGCAACGAGCGUCUGUACCAGUGCACCGAGUGUGGCGUGUCGUUCAUGACGAAGAAGUCCCUCAGGACUCACCGCCUCGUGCACAGCGACGUCAAGAGGUUUAAGUGCGAGUUCUGCGACAUGAGCUUCAAGUUGAACGGUUACCUCAAACUACACAUGAUCACGCACACAAAAGAGAAGCGUUACUCUUGCCAGUACUGCGGCAAGCGCUUCGGCCGCCCCGACUCCUGCCGGAGACACGAGGCCGGCCACCAGAAACAAGCUGCAGCCGACUGAACACUUUAUUUGUAUAGUGAAUUAAUGAUACGGCUCAAAUUUGGACGGCUGUUUUGAAACCAGGUGCAGUUUCAUAACGUCGACACAGUUAACUUUUAUUAAAAAUAAAACUUUGAAACAAAGUACUAAGGUUGUAAUUUUCUUGAUACAUGUUUGUGAAAACAAACAAAAACCUACUGUUGUAACUAUAGUGCAUUUGUGUACAGUGCAUAGUGCAAUAAUUUUAAGUUUUACAUUUGCUGCGCCGCGUAAUGACAAAUGCUGUCAGAUAAAUGGAUGCUGAGAAAUUUUGAGGCUGCGAAGUUAAUGAUUCCUAUUAUAUCAGAUAUAAGCAGGCUUCAUUGAAAGCAAAAUUGUAUUUAUGUACCUAUAUUAAAACAUUUAUUUUUAAAUUAACCCGUUUAUGUACCUAAUUAAUGUUAUUAUUAUUAAAAUAGUGUUGUAUUAA